AUGCUGAUUCGGCGAGCUUUAAGAAGAUUUGCAACCCGAGAAGAAGAACUUGCAAAGCUACAACAAAGCUUGCCAAAAGAUCAAUUUUAUCAGCACCCUGACAAGCAAUAUAUCCACCCUACAAUGAAAGUAAAAAGCUCUUUAAAAGAAAAUUUCGCUGAUAUGAAAAAUCAAUUUGGCCAAGACUAUAAAACUCCAGAUGAAAAAUAUGAUUUACAUGUUCCUCGAGCUGGAACUCCUGAAGGUGGAAAAACGCAAUAUGAAAGAUUCCAUGAGAACAAUAACUUUCAGCAGGCUAGAAAUGUUAUGAAAUUUAUCGGAUUUUUAAUUGUUUUAGGAUCAGUCUAUAUAUACAGAAGCGUGCAUAAAGCAAUGACCAGGGAGAAGCUUGAGCGUGAGAAUAUUAGGGAAAUUGAAAAAGUCAGGCGUGAAAGAAAUGAACAAAUAGAAAAAUUAUUGAAAUCAAGAAGACAGGCCAUUGAAGAACUCAAAAGAGAAAAAGGGGUUUUAAAUAAGUAA